AGAAGUAUGAACAAAACGUUGUUCGGAGGUAAAAUCGUUUGAAAGCUGGAUAUUGACCGCGCCCAGUACAAGUGAGUUUCAGGGGGCUCUCGGAAGAGGCAGUCCCCGAGGCACUGGGGGGCUCCGGCCCAAGGAUUUCCGGUACAGUUUGCUCACUUUACCAGCAGCUAUUUAUUCAAAAAGCCAACGCUGCAAACUCAUCCUGGGCUCCGGGGUCGCCCUUUCUGUGCGGGGCCGGGCCUGGGACCGGAAGCUGGGGCGAACGGGAGAGGGAGCCCUGUCCUCGCCCCGAGUGGAAGCGGUGGGGCCGCUCUGAGCAGGGUCUCUCCGCGCCCGCCCCACUGACGGGGGAGGCGGGAGCGAGUCCCCCGCUCCACGCGCGGGGCGAGGCGCAUGCGCAGUGCGGAAGCCUCGCCGGACCCGCGGUGCUAGAGGCCUGUCACUUCUUCCUGGUGCUGCCUCCUCGCUGGAGCAGGAUCCCCUCGGGCCUGUGACCCGGCUCUCCGGUUGAAACUCGUAUGGCAGCCAUUUAUAUGGAUCUGUGAUGGAUCUAUAACUAUGUCCCAAGUCAAGCCAACGUCAUUUUGAGCAUCCUCUUCUGAAUGUGAAGGAACAUUUUGAACAGUGAAGUUGCAAGAUCUUACUGAUCAAGACAACUGGAACCAUGUUGUGCUGGGGAAAUGCAUCCUUUGGUCAGCUUGGAUUGGGUGGAAUUGAUGAAGAGAUUGUAUUAGAACCCAGAAAAAGUGACUUUUUCCUAAAUAAAAAGGUCCAAGAUGUAGGAUGUGGACUCAGACACACUGUUUUUGUCCUGGAUGAUGGAACUGUGUAUACAUGUGGAUGUAAUGAUCUAGGACAAUUAGGGCAUGAAAAAUCCAGAAAGAGACCAGAGCAUGUUGGUGCCCUGGAUGCCCAGAAUAUUGUGUCUGUUUCAUGUGGAGAAGCCCACACACUAGCAUUAAAUGACAAGGGCCAAGUGUAUGCUUGGGGUCUUGCUACUGAUGGACAGCUUGGCUUGCCUGGAACAGAGGAAUGUAUCAGAAUACCCAGAAAUAUCAAAAGCUUAUCAGAUAUCCAAAUAAUGCAAGUUGCCUGUGGCUACUGUCACUCACUUGCACUCUCAAAAGGAAGUGAAGUUUAUUCCUGGGGACAGAAUAAAUAUGGCCAACUGGGUAUAGGUUAUGAAUUUAAAAAGCAGACUUCACCUCAAAUGAUUAAGUCUUUACUGGGAAUCCCUUUUGCACAAAUUGCAGCAGGAGGAGCACAUAGUUUUGUACUAACUCUUUCCGGAGCCAUUUUUGGAUGGGGACGCAACAAAUUUGGUCAACUUGGUCUUAAUGAUGAAAAUGACAGGUAUGUUCCUAAUCUGCUGAAGUCCCUAAGAUCUCAGAAAAUUAUUCACAUCUGUUGUGGAGAAGAUCAUACAGCUGCUCUUACAAAGGAAGGUGGCGUUUUUACAUUUGGCGCUGGAGGCUAUGGACAAUUGGGUCAUAACUCUACCAGCCAUGAAAUAAACCCAAGGAAAGUUUUUGAACUUAUGGGAAGCAUUGUCACACAGAUCGCUUGUGGGAGGCAGCACACCUCUGCAUUUGUUCCUUCAUCUGGAAGAAUUUACUCCUUUGGUCUUGGAGGUAAUGGACAAUUAGGAACAGGAUCAACCAGUAAUAGGAAAAGUCCCUUCACAGUAAAAGGAAACUGGAUUCCUUAUAGUGGGCAGUGCCCACCAAGCACAGACAGUGAAGAAUAUUAUUGUGUAAAGAGAAUUUUCUCUGGUGGAGAUCAGAGUUUUUCACACUACUUUAAUCCACAGUCUGUUCCACCUAGGGUUUUGCCAUGAUGCUGGGAGUAUCUUUUCCAGACCUGAAGAAGAGCUUGUCACCAUCUUGUCUCUCUAAUAUCCUGGGACCAACAUGGCUACAACUGCACUGCAUAAAACAUUACUUCAGUCAUUUUGCUUGUUUGUUGCCUCCCUUCACGAUCAAUUUUUCUUCUGCUUAAACUGUGAGCUCUUUGGGCCUCAUAGCUUCCUUCUUAAAUGAUUGUAAAGUGGCUAGCACAGUUCUCUGGGUAUUAUAGAAAUAACAACACCCUGACUCAGAUGAAUGUGGGCCAUUCAUAUGUUCCCUGGAUUUACUGUUACAGGUUAUCUGUCAACUCAGGCAGACAAAACUGCGUUGACUUACUUUCACUUAAGAUUCUGAAGUUUUUCUUCACAACCAUAAAGGCUAAAAAUGUAAUUAUUCUUAAAUGAAAGCUUAGAUUACAAGCAUAGUUAUAUAGCAAUUUUUAAAAAAGACAAUUUUAUAUUCAUGUGCAGAUCUACAUUGCCUAAAUAUACACAGGGUCUUGCCUGAAACCUUAAUUUUUUGUAAUUUAAUUCGUUCAAAACAAUAGUUGCCCAGCAAUCCAAUUUAAAAUGCCAAACUCCAGACCUUAACCAUAAAAUUGAACAAACCUUGCAUAUUACUUUUUUAUGAUUAAAAUUUUGAAUAUUGUAGUAUUUUUGGAAUUCUAGAUGAAGCAGCAGAAGAAGUUCGUUCCAACAUAAAUUUUAACAAUUCUUCAUGAUUUUUCUUAUUCUUAUAUGUAAAAAUGCUCAGAUGUAGUUGGUAUUUAUAUAGUUGCAGUGCGGUGUGUGUUUGGUUGUUUUUUUUUAAUGUUACCAAAAAAACCAGUUCAUAUAAACUGCCAAAAUAAGUUGUCUUUUGUUGUUGUUGUUGUUGUUUUUUUAAGUACAUUUUGACAAGAAUUAGCUGAGGUUAACUGGCGAUCACUGAUGCAUGGGGGACCAUUAUUUAUUUUGCUCUAUAAUAUCCAUAAAUCUUAAGAGUACUAAAGUAGCGCCCUGCUUAUAGCACCUAAAUAGUUUAACAUUUUGUUGUUACGUUGUUUGAAAAGCAUAAGAAUUCCCUGCGUAAGCAUAUAAGGCACUGUUCCUGGUUUUUAGCAGAAAGCAACUUUACAGAAAAUAAAACACUCUACUUGUCUCACUCUGUCCUCUUUCCUGUGUGCAGGCAUGCAGAUACUGUGCAUGAUUAACUCUGUGGUGUGGAGGGAAGCAAAAACGUGUUCGUUAGUAUAUUAUUUGUAAGGCAUCCAAAAGUGUGUUAGGACCCUCUCAGAUAUAGAAUAAAGGUAGUUCCCUGUCCUUAAGAGCUUACAAUCUAAAUAGACAAAACGGACACAGGAUAGGAUAAAGGAAUGACAACGUACCAUACUUCAACUAAAUCGUGUUGCUUUUUAUGUGUCAUUAGUUCCACAAUUUUUUCUUAAUUUUCCUUUUUUAAUUUAAAUUUCUCCUCUGCCCUUUUUGUGCUCCCUCUUGCUGCUUCCAGCCUUCUUCCUUUUAAAACCGUUUCCUUCUUGCCCACCACCUAUCUGUCCCUUUUCCCCGUCAUAGACCUUGCAGAGAAUGAGAAGGUUUCAGUAUGAGCAAUUAUAACAGGAGCUGAGGCAAUUCACUUAGGAGUUGGAAGUAUUGAGAGUGUUUAAAAGUUUUAUAGGUAUGAGGUUUGAUGGCAGCAGGAGUAGUAGGGAUGCCAUGUUUCUAAUUGCUGGUAACUGGACUGUCAAGGCCCCUUCCCCUCAACUCCCCUACUGCUUGCUGGAUGGUCUCUUUCUCUCCCCUCACCCCGCGCCGGGCUCCCUCUCCUCUAGGGCUGGGGUGGGAGCUGCUGCAGCCUGAUAAGGCCUGCAGGUAGGAGGCAGCCCUGCCUGAGCAGGGGCUGGCACAGGUUAAUGAUCCAGCACCUCUCCCUACACCACAGUUACUGGACUUUUGGUGUUCGCUCAGUACAUUUGACUGGACACUACCACAUCCCCUUUUUGACCAUACUUUCUGGCUGAAAAUUGGGCACCUGCCACCAGGAAAACAGAAGCCAAAAACUGGACUGCAAGGUAAAACGCCGAUGGGUGGCAACCCCAAAGAGUAGGGGCCCCUGUUUAUCAGACAAAGAUGGGGUUGGUCAGAGGGGAAGUCAAACUCCUCUCCCACUACAGCCUCCUUGCACAUAGUGUUUGAGGGAAGUUUGGGGGAGGAGAUUAGUCAGAAUAGCUACUGAAUGUGGUGACUAACACUGUCUGCAUCUUCAAUUCCCAUUGGACAGUGGGAGCAGCUGGAAAUAGAAAUUACCCCACUAAAGGAACCAAUGGUAGCACAGCAAUUUAGCAAGCCAUUCUGCUAGUAUCUGGUUUGAGAUUGCAUCUGGGAGACUCUUAGGGGAGUGGAUAUUUAAUAUAGGUUAGGUGAAGUUCUUUGGAGUUUGCCCUGGGAUUUCCUUAUAGUGAAUUUUCAGCUUCAAGAAACGAAGAGCGUUUAAAAUGUAAAUCCCCUCCUUUGCCCUGCCUCCCUUUUCUUUUUGGUGCUUAUCUUGUGUGUAAAGAAGCCAAUGAAGUGCUUCCAGGUUUUCUGCAGAGUUCCUUUCACUGCAGUGGGGAAGCAUGUAAUGAAAAAUGAAAGAAUCCCACUAAGGAGUUUCAGUUGAGCAUGUAUUAAUCUGUUAAGAAGAGCACUCGCUUGUGAGUGUUUGAGUUACUGCUCAGUAAUGGAAAGCUAUUUGAACUGUUUCUUAAAUUUACCCAUGAUCAGAUUUGCUCAUGAUACCAAAUGGGUGCUAAUCACAGUAAGCCAAAAAAUAAAUUGUAAAGUGACCUGUGGUGAUUGAAAUGGUGAGGACUGCAGACAAUAAAAGGGAUUUAGUAGUAAUAAAUGUAAAAUCCAGAAAUAAGUGGGAGAGGAAGGGGGACAGCAAAUGAGGUAGAGAUAGAACUUGACAAAUAAACUCACUUUAAUACAAAAACAUUUAUUUUCAUCUUGCCUCCUUUCUGUCCAAAUAUUACUUUUUUUCAUGUUACCAAGCACUAUAGUUCAUAGUCUUAGUGUUUAACAUCAUCUAGUCUGAUCUGUACAUCGCAGGCUACCACCUCCCCCCAGCAUCCGCAAAUUAACCCUACAACUGAAAUUAGACCAAAGUAUUAUAACCCAGAGGAGACUAGACUAUUAUGUGCCACAGGCAGAGACUAGAAGGGACUGAGGUGCACCAAUACGUGAGGCCCUUGCAAUGGCAGGUCAGUGUUUUAAGUGAGAUAUUGCCCAGCAAGUGACCUGCACCCACAUGCUUCAGAGGACAGUGAAAAAACCCCAAGUUUCCUGCCAGUCUGAUCUGGGGGACACUUCCUGACCUCACAUAUAGUGAUCAGUUAGAUCUUGAAUGUGUGAGCAAGAACUAGCAACCCAAGCGCCAGAGAUAGAAUGCUCAGUGUUACCUCAGAGCCCUGGCUCUCCCUAUCCAAUAUCCCCUCUCCAUCCGUGGCCAUCCCUGAUGCAGAGGGAGGAGAUUUCCCCCCCCGCCCCCUUUCUGUGUGUGUGUGCACACAGGUGUAAGUAAAUCAGCAUUGGGAUGGAUGGGAUGUGUAAUCAGCGUUCAGAGGGGAGGUGCCCAUAAGAGGAUCUCUUCCUAAAGAAAUGACCCUCAUUAUUAAAACACUUAAUAUUACUUGCUGUGAAAUAAAUAUUUCUUAUCUAGUCUUGCAUAGUUAGUUAUUCAUUUGAAAUUAAUCAGUUUUAUAUUAAGCAAAUUGAAAAAACUCAUUGGUUUUCACUUGCAUUUAACUUGUAUAUUUCUCUGAAAACCUGCUGUUAUUCUUUAUGCUAUUCCAGUAACAUCUUCUGUAGGGUUUGAAGGGAUAUUACAAUGUAACUUAGGUGCCAGUUGCAAUCAAUAUUCAAAAAUUUAUUUCCCAGCUAGAGCUAAAAGGCCUAACACGAAAUAUACUUUAUUCAAAUGAAAGUUGCAUAAUCUGGUUUCUGUCUUCUAAUAUGGUAUUUCACUACUGUAAUAUUCUCAUGGAAUAUGAAUGUAUGAAUAAAGAGUUUUGUCAAUUACAUUUUAGGGGUUUGCUUCCCUCAGUAAGACUGAUAAAUGAGAAAAUUGUUCUGCUUUCUGUGGCUGACAUCCCUCUUCUAA